CGUGUCCCCAGGCCGGGCCGGAAGGACAAGGCCGUGGAUCCUGUGGAAUGGUCGGUGCGGGACGUGGUCGAGUAUUUCACCGAGGCCGGAUUCCCGGAGCAGGCGGGCGCCUUCCAGGAGCAGGAGAUCGACGGGAAGUCCCUGUUGCUGAUGCAGAGGGCCGAUGUGCUCACGGGGCUCUCCAUCCGCCUGGGCCCCGCGCUCAAGAUCUACGAGUACCACGUGAAGCUGCUCCAGCGCAGCCACUUCCAGGAGGAGGAGCCC